CACUUCGUCUGGUUUAUCUUACAUAUAUAUCUAUCUUCGCUCGAGUCACCGGCAAUAGUGCAACAGAAGUGUGGGCACACUAGUGUUAUAUUUUUAAGAAUUAUAAGAUGGCACCAUAUAGCGAAGAAUACGAAAUAUUAAAAGAAAACACUAAGCCCGUUUCGCCCCAGGCAGCGCCGCGGGAAUACACAGUAGUGUACUCCGUGGUACUGAUCUUCGUGUAUUGGCACAUUGGAGCGCUGUAUGGGCUGUAUUUGGGGUUCACCUCUGCAAAAUGGGCGACUAUCAUAUUCAACUACCUGAUAUAUGUGUCAGGGGGCUUCGCCAUCACGGCCGGAUCGCACCGGCUCUGGUCGCACCGCGCCUUUAAGGCGAAACUGCCGCUGCAGAUUCUCCUCAUGCUGCUGCAGACCAUGUCGUGCCAGAAGAGUGUUCUUAACUGGGUACGGGAUCACAGGUUACACCACAUGUAUUGUGACACUGACGCGGACCCAUACAACUCAACCAGAGGGAUAUUUUACUCCCACAUCGGCUGGUUGAUGGUGAAGAAACAUCCAGAAGUCAUUAGAAAAGGAAGAACGAUUGACAUGUCGGAUUUAGAGAACAAUCCUGUGUUAAAGUUUCAAAAAAAAUUCUACCCCAUUUUGGUCACUCUAAUGGCGUUCAUACUUCCCGCGCUAAUACCAGUAAUCUUCUGGCAAGAGUCUCUGAACAUCGCACACCACGUUUCCCUGGUCCAUCUCGUCGUAGGGUCUCAUAUGACAUUCGCUAUAAAUAGUAUCGCGCACGCAUUUGGGAGUAAACCUUAUGAUAAAACCAUAUCACCGACUCAAAGUAUAUCUUUGUCUUUAGUCACAUUUGGAGAAGGAUAUCACAACUAUCACCACGUUUUCCCGUUCGAUUAUAGAGUCGCCGAAUUGGGAAAUAAUUAUUUAAAUUUGACUACGAAUUUCAUCGAUUUCUUCGCGUGGAUCGGAUGGGCGUACGACUUGAAAUAUGCGUCUCCUGAUAUGGUUGCAAAAAGAGCGAAAAGAACCGGCGAUGGGACUGAUUUAUGGGGACGAGCUAUAGAACAUGCGGAUAUUCAGGCCAAGAGAGUACAUCCCAGCUAAUAAAAGGGUUAAAUAACAAAAGAUACAUAAGUGUUUGUAUACUCCGGAAGUUCUGUUGGUUCUAAAAAUAGGAGUUACUUAUAUAUACGGAUAUAACUCGGUAAUACUCCCCUACAGCGCUACUAUUGGGUUAGAGGUUGAAAUAAGGGGUGGAAGAGCGCUAUAGUAGUGCUAUAAUAGCGUUGAUUAAGCACUUAGGAGUUAAAGGGAUGGCAAAUAAGUGACCAUUAACUAUUUGAGUUUCAUGUGUAGGUCCAGACUCCAGAUAAUUGAUACAUUUAGCUUUUGAUCGUAUAUUAGCAUUUCUGAUCAGCAUUUGUAACACAAGAAGGUAUUUGCACACAAUCUUCCUUUGCCACUAUCUACUUUGGUUGUAGAUGUUUUCAAUGUUUUAUUAUUGUUCGUAAGCUUGUGACACUUUGAAGUGAAAUCUAAUAGCGAAUAAAUAAAAGUAAAUAGUAAAAGCGCAUUGAUACCGGCGUUAUUUGUAGAUUUAUAACGGCGCAAUUAAUUACACUGUCAAUAACUAUAUGUAUUAACAAAGUUUUAAAGGGCCUCUGAUCCUUUGUAUAUUUAUCAAAUGGUAAUUACUGUAGGUAAUGGCAGCUACUGUAGCUCCUACAGCUGAACUUCUUAAACACUUUUAUGUCACCUCAGCCUAUAGGCAAAGACCGUUCUAUGUCUCUAGGUUAUAAAAUAGGUGCCAAGUGUCGCCGAAUUGUUUGUUGGAAAGGAAACUAAAAAAAAAGUCAGGAUGAUAAAAUCGAUAUUGUCGGAUUACUUAUACUGUGAAUAUAUGGUCUUGGUUUUAAA